AGUUGAUGAAAUUACACAUUCUGUUCUGUAAAGCAAUCUGUGGUGUGUCUUCUCUCCGGUUCGUUUAUGCUUUGUCAACUUUUCUUUUUAUUCGCAACGACAUCAUUUUCGCUUUUCGCUGCCCAUCUUCAAAUUUAAAGAAAUCAUAUAAAGAUGCAGUUGUCUAAAAUCAUCCAUGGCUGCCUUUACGCUGCCGUGGCUUUCUCGACUGUAGUCAUUGCCUGUCCUGACUACGAUGAACUGCCGUUUUACAAAGCCCUCAACGAAAGCAAUCUGAGUCAAGAUGAGCUGAUGAAGAGAUGGUACACUGUGAUCGCUAGCGAUGGACCGAGCUUCAAUCCCACUACAUGGCCGGACAGCACUCUGCCAUAUUGCUUCGAGGACGACAAUUCAAGGACUCAACUGGCACAUAUCAUCGAAAGUGCUUGGAAUGUGUGGCAAGCAUCUGGUGUCAAUUAUCGUAUCGACAUGGGAGAGUAUAAUGAUUGUCCUGAUCCGGUCAAUGGUGCAGUUCCAAGAGGUGCAAAAUAUAUGCUCGUCAGAGCGCAAAAUAACGGGAAAAUGGUGACCACUGUUGGGACUCAGAUAUAUAGUAGUGGUAUGGGAGCACUUAUGAGAUUUGAUCCUAGUCCCGCAAUUGGAAUGCGAGAUCCUGUCGCCAACAUGGUGCACGAGAUAGGGCACGCCUGGGGUUUCUUCCACGAGCAACAACGACCCAGCUUCUGGAAAUACGGAGAAUACGCAGAGGCAAAAGGGGACAAAAAUCAAAUCAAGUUCGUAUGCGAAAAUAUGAGCGACUACGAUAUUGUUGAUGGGCGAUUAGACGGUACCAUAGAUGAUGCUUGUCACAGCUAUGGUAAAGCCAAAGAUUUGGGAUUUUCGGCGUUGGAGUUUAUGCCUAUGCCCUUGCCAUUCAGUGCUCAGCUCGAUGACGGAGACUACGACUGGAAGUCUGUCAUGCUUUAUGCAUCUCCAAUUGGAGGUGCGGUGAGGAACGGUGCUCCCGCGAAUGUCUAUACAAGGGCUUCAGACGGAAAGGUCAUUGCCUACAACAAGACUCCGAGUCAGAGGGACGUGAGUAGAUUCAAUGCGAUGUAUUCGGAAAAGGCACCAUAUCCGAACCCGUGUUUGAUCAAUCAGGGUUGCAGUCCGAAAAAGGCCGUGUUCAUGAAUGCGAAGGCCAAGUGUAAGAAUGUAGGCAAGGACUAGACGACAAGAAUAGGGAGUUGGCACAAUUCUAUCUUCUACUCAUAAUAAUGCUUCCA